AAAUGAUUUCUAAAGAAAUAAAAUCUGUCAAAUGAAUUAAUUACUUUGAAAAGAUUAUAAAAAUAUUUUUGACCAUUUUACCUUUUAAGGAAAUAUUUUGUUGAGUAGGCUAGGCAGACACCUAAUCCUCACUACGUGCCCAAUUCCAAAUUUGGCUCGUCGUACAUCGAGAAGCUAUUUACCAUAUUACCCUUGGUACAUUGCGGUCCAUACUAGAAGUAGAAGCAAAGGAAUUAUACUUCUCCAGACAUUCUCUACUUGACCCUCUCGUCCUAUACGUGUCCUUAAAACACCUCCUCACAAACGUAGGAUACAUACAUCCCUCUAUCUCUAUACAUCUCAUAUCAGGAUUAUUGCUGGAGAAUCCGAUCUGUACCCGAUUCAUGGCUCCGAGUUUGAGGAAAGGUGCUCUGAACGACCUUCAAAACGAAGCCGUUUUGUCCUCGGUUUCGCUUGAAGGAACACACUUCUUGGCCAACGGCCAUCCGUUUCUCACCAAUGUCCCCCGCAACAUCAUAUCCACACCCGCCCCAUUCACCUCCAAAGACGUCACCCGGAACAUAAUCGGAUCCUUUGUCGGCUUUCACACCGAUAAGCUGAGAAGUCGCCACGUGGCUCCCAUCGGAAAACUGAGAAACAUCCCCUUCAUGAGCCUCUUCAGAUUCAAGGUCUGGUGGACGACCCACUGGAUUGGAAACAAUGGAAAAGAUGUGGAAUUUGAAACCCAGAUGAUGUUACUUGACAAAUCGGAUCUCGGGCACCCGUACGUUCUGCUACUUCCACUCCUCGAAGGACCAUUUGGAGCCUCCCUCCAGCCUGGCAACGACGAUGACGUGGAUGUCUGCGUGGACAGUGGGUCCAGUCUGGCAGUGGGGUCCACCUUCAGAAGCUGUGUGUACAUCCACGUCGGCAUCGACCCUUAUCAGGUGGUGAAGGACGCCAUGAGGGUGAUCAAGAAUCAUUUAGGAACCUUCAAUCUUCUCGAAGAUAAAACUGUGCCGGCUGUGGUGGACACAUUUGGAUGGUGCACUUGGGAUGCCUUUUACUUGAAGGUACACCCUCAAGGCAUAAGGGAAGGCGUACAAGGACUAGCCGCAGGUGGGUGUCCGCCGGGGCUUGUCCUCAUAGACGACGGAUGGCAGUCCAUCAGUUGCACCGACAAUCCCGACGACCAGCAAGAAGGUAUGAAUUACACCGUCGCCGGAGAACAAAUGCCAUGCAGGUUGCUAAAAUUCGAAGAGAAUUAUAAAUUUAGGGAUUACCAGAGUAAAAGGGUGCCCUACAAGAAGGGUAUGGGUGCCUUUGUGAGCGACCUAAAGGAGGAAUUCAAGAGCAUAGAACAUGUGUACGUGUGGCAUACUUUAUGUGGUUAUUGGAGUGGUUUACGAGAGAAUUUUCCGGGGAUGUCGCCGGAGAAUUGUGAAGUAGUUGAGCCUAGGAUGAUGAGAGAGGGUUUGCAGACGACGAUGGAGGAUUUGGCGGUUGAUCAGAUCGCAAGGCACGGUGUUGGGGUGGUGUCGCCGGAUAAAGUUGGCGAUAUGUAUGAAGGGUUGCACUCGCAUCUUGAAGCGGUGGGCAUCGACGGUGCAAAGGUUGACGCCAUCCAAAUCUCAGAAUUGGUUGGGGAGAAAUUUGGCGGUAGAAUUGCGCUCGGGAAAGCUUAUUACAAAGCGUUAACCUUAUCGAUGAGGAAACAUUUCAAAGGCAAUUGUGUGAUCGCUAGCAUGGAACAAUGCAACGAUUUCAUGUAUCUCGGAACCGAAGCCAUUGCACUCGGACGUGUAGGAGAUGAUUUCUGGUGUACUGAUCCAAAUGGAGAUCCAUAUUGGUUGCAAGGUUUACAUAUGGUACAUUGUGCAUACAAUAGUUUAUGGAUGGGGAAUAUCAUUCAACCCGACUGGGACAUGUUUCAAUCGACUCAUCCUACCGCUGAGUUCCAUGCUGCGUCUCGAGCAAUCUCCGGUGGACUGGUCUACGUUAGCGACCGUGUCGGCCACCACGACUUUGUUUUACUUAGGACACUAGUUCUUCCCGAUGGAUCAAUUUUACGCUGCCAAUCCUACGCCCUCCCAACUAGAGACUCACUAUUUUUGAACCCUUCCCAUGACGGAAAAUCCGUGCUCAAGAUCUGGAAUCUGAAUAAAUUUACGGGAGUUCUUGGAGCGUUUAAUUGUCAAGGAGGAGGUUGGUGCCCUAAGUCGAGGCAGAACAAGCUACAUUUCGAAGCAAAAUGCACCUUAACCUGUUUGGCAAGCCCCAAGGACAUCGAGUGGAGCAACAAAAGUGGGAGGAGUUUCAUUCCGAUCCAAGGAGUUGGGGCAUUUGCGGUGUACAUGAACAGACGAAGAACCAUGAAGAUUUUGAAAUUUACGGACAGUUUGGAGAUUGCGCUAUCACCGUAUAACUAUGAGCUGCUUACGGUGUCACCAGUGAGGGUCGUUGGGAGAAAAGCGGUGGAGUUCGCUCCAAUUGGGCUAGUGAACAUGCUGAAUUCGGGUGGUGCCAUCGAGUCGGUUAAGUAUGACGGUGAAAAUGUGGUCGAGAUCGUUGUGAGAGGGUGUGGGAAGAUGGCAAUUUACGCAUCCGAAAAACCUCGGGCUUGCUUACUGGACGGAGUCGGUAUAGAGUUUGGAUACGAUGAACGUAUGGUCAUUGUUGAUGUGGCUUGGCCCGGCUCGUGUGGGUUGUCUGAAUUGAGGUACUUGUUCUAAUAAAAUGUUGGUUGUCUGUGGUGGUAUUUAAUGGGAAGAAGUUGUCGUGGCCGCCGGGAAAACGGAACGAGGAAGACGAUCGGAGGUGGACGGGCGAUGGUCAAUGGUCAAUGGUCAAUGUCGGGUUUUAUAUGUAUAACAUAAAUCAUUAUAUGUA